GUUCAUCUAACCUCUUGGAAUUGAAUGCUCUCUAUCCUGCCAACUAUCCCCCCUCGUUUCCUUCACCUCUAGUCCUUCAUUUGCCCCGGUCCACUGUCCCAUGUGGACCCCUCAACUGCUCACUCACCUUGGAUCAUUCCGGGCGGAGCCUCGCAUAAAUGGCGGAAGUCGAUAAUGGCUCUGUAAAUGAGCCCUCCCACUCACCCCCGGCCGAGAACAAGGAGAACGGUGUCGAUGUCUCGACUCGCCCCCAAUCUCCUGAUACGGUCGACGAACGCAAAUCUCCCCUUCCGGACGAAUCCGAUCGCCAGCCCAUCGAGGUACAAACGGUGGAAGAAGACAAUCAGGAACAGGAGGUAGACACCGUGGAAGGGUCCGCGCAACCCCAGGAACCCGACGCUGUUGAGUCGACGGAACUUGAGGCCGACGUGCAAUCCGAGAACGAUGCUCGGCCAGAAGAACGGGUGGAUACGCCCUCUGUAGAACAGGAGGCCAGUCCGGACAAGGAGGAUGUCGACGAAAGACAGGAGGUCGCCUCCAUCCCGCCGCUCGAGGAACAUACCCCCGAUGUGCGAAUGCGCUCGGAUUCCCGAUCAACUACCGCCACGUUCGCGACCCAGCGAUCGGUGCCGGUCAGCUCCGCGGUCUUCAUCGUCACAGCCCUCGAUGCGAUCGGCGCAUCGAGGGAGGCGAGGAAGUCCAAGGAGUUGGAGAAUGCGGUGCAGAAGGCCCUGGCCAAUGUCAAGCAAUCGGACCGUGAGCCCAUCGACCCCGAAGUCAUAUUCCGCCCCCUAUAUAUCGCGACCAAGUCUUUCAGCAUUCCGCUGCAGGUGACAGCACUGGACUGUAUUGGGAAGCUGAUCACAUAUUCGUACUUUGCGUUUCCUUCGGCCCAGGAGACCAAGGCCGCGGAGACGGAGCCCACUGCGGGGCAUCCUCCCCUGAUUGAACGAGCCAUCGAUGCGAUCUGCGACUGUUUCGAGAACGAAGCCACGCCGGUUGAGAUUCAACAACAAAUCAUCAAAUCCCUUUUGGCUGCAGUCUUGAAUGACAAAAUCGUCGUGCACGGAGCGGGUCUCCUGAAGGCUGUCCGCCAGAUCUACAACAUUUUCAUCUACUCGAAAUCCAGUCAAAACCAACAAAUCGCCCAGGGGUCGUUGACACAAAUGGUCAGCACGGUAUUUGAACGGGUUCAUGUAAGACUUGAGCUGAAGGAGUUGCUCCUGCGCGAGGGUGACAAAGGCCAAGGCGCCGCCUCCGACGUGGUCACUAUGGAGACGCCUGAGGCCCCCCAGUCCGCGGAAGAGGAGCAAACGCCCGAUACGGCCUCGGGGCUGGAAUCGGAACAGCCCGUCGUCGCGGAGCCCACCGAGAAGCUCACCUUGCAGAGUUUCGAAUCCAGCAAGGACGUGACCUCUGUCAAUGACAAUGCACCUACAAUGGUUACCCGCGCCAAACUUGGCCAAGCCCCGGCGCGGCAUCAGUCGGGAGCGUCCGCAGACGACCGGCCAUACGGGGAUUCCACUGCGGAGGAUGACGAAGAUGAAAUCUAUAUCAAAGACGCCUUCUUGGUGUUCAGAGCGCUCUGCAAGCUGAGUCACAAGAUUUUGACCCAUGAUCAACAGCAGGAUUUGAAGUCUCAAAACAUGAGGUCGAAGCUGCUGUCCUUACACCUAAUCCACUAUCUCAUCAACAACCAUGUUGCCGCUUUUACCUCCCCACUCUUGACCAUCAGGACCAGCUCGAGUAGCCUAGAUGCGAUGACGCUUCUACAGGCUGUCCGGCCCCAUCUUUGCUUGAGUCUUAGUCGAAAUGGGUCGAGCUCGGUUCCGAGGGUUUUCGAAGUCUGUUGUGAGAUCUUCUGGCUCAUGCUCAAAGACAUGAGAGUGAUGAUGAAGAAAGAGCUUGAGGUGUUCUUGAAGGAGAUAUACCUAGCGAUCCUCGAGAAGCGGAAUUCCCCCGCGUUUCAAAAGCAGUAUUUCAUGGAAAUCCUGGAAAGGUUGGCCGACGACCCGAGAGCCUUGGUGGAAAUGUAUCUUAAUUACGACUGCGACCGAACGGCCUUGGAAAACAUUUUCCAGAAUCUCAUCGAGCAGCUAUCCCGAUACGCCAGUGUACCGGUCGCCAUCAGUCCCUUCCAGCAACAACAGUAUCAGGAAAACCACAUUAAGGUCUCAUCCCUUGGGCGUGAAUGGCACCGGUCCGGCACUCUGCCUCCCUCCUUGACGACUGCUCAUGUCGCCAACGCCCAGCCUCCAAAUCUCCAAAAUGUGCCCUCCGAUUAUAUCUUGAAGAACCAAGCGGUUGAAUGUCUUGCGGAGAUUUUGCGAUCGCUAGACAGCUGGGUGGCGCAAGGCGUGGAUGGGCAGUCCACGCCGGUUCCCCACUCGGCCUCGCAGAAGUCGAUUGACAACCCCCGAGAAUCAAUCGACACCAACGCCGGCACUUUCCUGGCCUCGCCGAGAGUCGACAGUGCUGAGAACACUGGUCGAUCCACCCCAGUGGCUGACGACGAUCCGAGCCAAAUCGAGAAAGUUAAGCAGAGGAAGAUCGCUCUCACAAACGCUAUUCAGCAGUUCAACUUCAAACCCAAGCGCGGAAUGAAAUUGUUCGUCAAAGAGGGCUUUGUGCGCUCUGAGGCUCCCGAGGAACUCGCCGCGUUCCUGUUCCGCAAUGAACGGUUGGAUAAGGCUAUGAUUGGUGAAUAUCUGGGCGAAGGAGAGCCUGAAAACAUUGCCAUCAUGCAUGCGUUUGUGGACAUGAUGGAAUUUGAGAAGACGCGUUUCGUCGAUGCUCUCCGUCAAUUCCUCCAGCAUUUCCGUCUUCCGGGCGAAGCGCAGAAGAUCGAUCGAUUCAUGUUGAAGUUCGCAGAGCGCUAUGUGACCCAGAAUCCCAAUGCGUUUGCCAAUGCUGAUACGGCGUACGUCCUUUCGUACUCCGUGAUCAUGCUCAACACCGACCAGCACAGCGCCAAAAUCAAGGGCCGCCGUAUGACAAAGGAGGACUUCAUCAAGAACAACCGGGGUAUCAAUGACAACCAAGAUCUUCCCGAUGACUAUCUUGGCUCCAUCUAUGAUGAAAUCAAUAGCAACGAAAUAGUCCUCGAUACUGAGCGCGAACAUGCCGCGAACGUCGGGAUUGCUACGUCGGCCCCAGCUGGGCUGGCAUCCAGGGCUGGACAAGUAUUCGCGACGGUGGGACGAGACAUUCAGGGAGAGAAAUACGCCCAGGCCUCGGAAGAGAUGGCGAACAAGACCGAACAGCUGUAUCGCAGUUUGAUCCGGGCUCAGCGCAAGACUGCAGUCAAGGAGGCGCUUUCCCGGUUCAUCCCCGCCACUUCGGCUCGCCAUGUUGGUUCAAUGUUCAACGUCACUUGGAUGUCUUUCCUCUCCGGUCUUUCUGCCCCCAUGCAAGACACUCAGAACCUCGAGGUCAUCAAGCUCUGUAUGGAGGGUAUGAAGCUUGCCAUCCGUAUUAGCUGCGAGUUUGAUUUAGAGACUCCCAGAGUUGCCUUUGUGACUGCUUUGGCCAAGUUCACGAACCUCGGAAAUGUUCGAGAGAUGGUGGCCAAGAACGUCGAAGCCCUCAAAGCUCUACUCGACGUCGCACUCACGGAAGGAAAUCAUCUCCAAAGCUCCUGGAGGGAAAUUCUCACCUGUAUCAGCCAGCUCGAUCGGCUCCAACUUCUUAGUGAGGGUGUCGACGAGGGUUCCUUGCCGGACGUUUCGCGGGCGCGGAUUGUACCGCAAUCGCCGUCGGAUGGAUCCCGGAAGUCCAUGCAAUCAACCAGGCGUAGUCGUCCUCGUUCGAUCAAUGGCCCCACGGCUUUCCGCAGUGAGGUAGCGAUGGAGAGUCGUUCGGCGGAUAUGAUUAGGGGAGUGGAUAGACUCUUUACCAACACCGCAAAUCUCUCCCACGAAGCCAUCAUUGAUUUCAUUAGAGCCCUGAGCGAAGUUAGCUGGCAAGAGAUCCAAUCCUCCGGACAAACCGACUCGCCGAGGACAUACAGCUUGCAGAAGCUGGUCGAAAUCAGCUAUUACAACAUGACGCGAGUCAGGAUCGAAUGGUCUAAGAUCUGGGAGGUCCUCGGUCAGCAUUUCAACCAGGUUGGCUGCCACUCCAACACUACGGUGGUCUUCUUUGCUUUGGAUUCUCUACGCCAGCUUUCGAUGCGCUUUAUGGAAAUUGAAGAACUUCCUGGUUUCAAAUUUCAGAAAGAUUUCCUCAAACCGUUCGAGCAUGUUAUGGCCAACAGUAAUGCCGUCACUGUCAAGGAUAUGAUCUUGCGGUGCCUCAUCCAGAUGAUCCAGGCUCGUGGUGACAAUAUCCGGUCCGGCUGGAAAACGAUGUUCGGUGUCUUUACUGUCGCGGCCCGGGAACCAUACGAGGGCAUUGUCAACAUGGCAUUUGAGCACGUAUCACUGAUCUAUAACACACGAUUUGGCGUUGUGAUAACGCAAGGCGCCUUCCCCGACCUUGUUGUGUGUCUCACCGAGUUCUCCAAGAACAUGAGGUUCCAAAAGAAGUCCCUCCAGGCGAUCGAGACUCUGAAAUCGACAGUCACGAAAAUGCUGAGGACCCCCGAGUGUCCUUUGUCCCACCGUGGGUCAUCGUUUGAGAAUGUGCAAGAUGCAUCGACAAACCUCGCGAAGCAGCUGACCCGCCAGUCCAAGGAAGAGCAAUUCUGGUAUCCAAUCUUGAUUGCAUUCCAGGAUGUGUUGAUGACGGGCGAUGACCUCGAAGUCCGAUCGCGUGCCUUGACCUAUCUGUUUGAUACAUUGAUUCGCCACGGUGGGGACUUCCCCCAGGAAUUCUGGGACGUUCUCUGGAGACAGCUCCUUUACCCCAUCUUCGUUGUGUUGCACUCCAAGUCGGAAAUGUCCAAGGUCCCUAAUCACGAAGAGUUAUCCGUGUGGCUUUCGACCACGAUGAUCCAGGCCUUGCGAAACAUGAUCACACUUUUCACGCACUAUUUCGACGCUCUGGAAUAUAUGCUCGGACGAAUUCUCGAGCUCCUCACUCUCUGCAUCUGCCAGGAGAAUGAUACUAUUGCCCGAAUUGGCAGCAAUUGCUUGCAGCAAUUGAUUCUUCAAAAUGUCGAAAAAUUCCAACAGGAGCACUGGACCAAGGUUGUCGGUGCCUUUGUCGAGCUCUUUAGCAGGACCACGGCUUACGAACUGUUCACGGCUGCCGCUUCCAUGUCUGCCAGAUCCCCUGGCACGGCCAAAUCUCCCAAUGGGGAGGAAGUAAGCGGCGAGGAAGGUGCCCAGCAAGGAACCCUGGAGUCCCUCUCGGUACAGGAUAACGCUGCGGAGCCGUCCAGGGCCAACGGCGUGCAGAAGCAGGCCGCUGAGCAUGAGGAGGGUGACAUGCCGGCUCCUUCGAAUUCCGAACUAGAGGACUACCGUCCUUCGCCUGAUACGCAACAGCAACCCGCUGCUGUAACCGUGGCACGACGUCGUUUCUUCAACCGAAUCAUCACCAACUGCGUCCUUCAGUUGCUCAUGAUUGAGACUGUUCACGAGUUGUUCUCCAACGACAAGGUCUAUGCGCAGAUCCCCAGCCCUGAACUGCUACGGUUGAUGGGACUCUUGAAGAAGAGCUAUCAGUUUGCGAAGAAGUUCAAUGAAGACAAGGAACUUCGCAUGCAGCUGUGGCGACAGGGUUUCAUGAAGCAGCCGCCGAAUCUUCUCAAACAGGAGAGCGGAAGUGCCGCCACCUACGUCCAGAUCUUGUUCCGCAUGUAUCAUGACGAGAGAGAGGAAAGGCAGAGCAACCGUGCAGCUACCGAGGCUGCUCUGAUUCCUCUCUGCGCCGACAUCAUCAGCAGCUUCGUCCGCCUUGACGAGGAUUCCCAACAUCGGAACAUCAUCGCAUGGCGUCCCGUGGUGGUAGACGUUCUCGAAGGCUACACCAACUUCCCGUCCGACGGUUUCGACAAGAACGUCGAGACCUUCUACCCUCUCACCGUUGACCUACUGAGCCGCGACCUCAAUCCUGAAAUCCGCAUCGCCCUCCAGUCCCUCCUCCGGAGGAUCGGUGAGGUACGACUCGGUUUGCCACCGACCCCGACACCCCCUCGUUCACCCGAUCGCUCAAGGGGUUCCGUCUCCAUUCAGCCACCUCGCAAAUACAGCGUAGGGCGUUAAGCGUCCCAUUGUGGGCGUUCUCCUGGCGAAAUUUCUCUCGUGUAGCCCUUUCGGUGGCUGUUUCCUUGCUUCACUUUUUGGAUAUCCUUGUCUGGUUGAUUUCUAUGGUUAUUAUUCAAUGUAGACUUAGCAUUGUUCCUUUCUCUAUCUUGUCUUCUUCUGACUCUUUUUUAAUACAAGCUGGUUUUGAGGUUUCUUUUGUAUGUGUGUGUUAGAGGUGCUCUGGUAAUUGGGGUUGCUAGUAUACCAUAAUUUAUCUAUUGGCAAUGAUGGGCA